AUGGAGAAUAUCUCCGAGAAGGAGAAAAUCCAGACUCCAGAGCCUGGCGCAACUGACACAACUGCCAAACCCGCACAACAUCAACUCACCCCCCAAAAGCACGACGAAGAGGACAACGACUCGGAUUUUGACGAAUUGGACGACGUCCUAGAUGAUUUUUCAAAACCAGAACCCCACGUCGCGCCAGUCCCAGCCCCAGCACCAGACAAUGCGCUCCCCGACGACUUCGACGAGGACGCCUUCCUGAAGCAGCUAGAAAAUGACAUGGCCAGCCUAAUGUCCGGUACCCCUACUGCCUCUGCCUCUGCCUCUGCCUCUGCCCCGGCAGUCGGUGCCGGGGGCCCCGACCCGCCGGGUUUCGCAUCAGUGGAGCAGGGCGCCGAAGCCUUCGCAAAGGAAUUAGAUGAGAGCGGGAUCCCACCGAGCGAAUUUCUGAAACAGCUACUCGCCGACGUGAUGGCUGAAGCAGGAGAAACAAGUGGCGCAACAGGAUCGAACGUUAAAUCGACACGGCCACAACAACCGCCUUCAUUCAAUGAUGCGAUUCAGCGGACGGUUGAGCGCAUGAAGGAGUCUGGGGAUCGGGCUACUGAGGCUGCUAGUGCUGAUGACGGUCUUUCGGAUGACAUGCUUGCGCAAUUGCUUAAGGCUGUCGAGGCUGGUGCUGGGGCUGGUGGUGCUGAUGAGGGGGAUAUGACGAAGAUGUUUAUGGGUAUGAUGGAGCAGCUUUCCAACAAGGAGAUGCUUUACGAACCAAUGCGGGAACUGGAUGUCAAGUUUGGCCCGUGGAUCGAGAAGAGUAAAGCUGCAGGUACAGUUUCUGCGGAGGAUAUGGCACGGUAUGAGAUCCAGGCGAGAGUUGCGAAGCAGAUUGUGGUCAAAUUUGAGGAACCAGGAUACUCGGAUGAGGACUCGAAGUGUCGCGAAUACAUUUGGGAGCGAAUGCAGGAGAUGCAAGCUGCUGGGAGUCCACCGGAAGAUCUCAUUUCUAACCCACUAAUGGAGGAUCUAGGAGCUGAUUCAACGACGGGGGCUGACACUGGAGUCCCUGAAUGCCCUCAGCAAUAA